CCGCCCCCACUCAGUGCCACCACAUUCACGACAUUCUGUACCUUUACUGGAGGAUAGCAAGUUGGUACAGACGCAAACAAAAGGUCAGGCGUACACGCACGCUCUUGAUUUGAUUGUCUUGUCGGGCAGGACAUGACUGCUUCAACUGCAUGGCAGCAUUCGAUCUCCCACUCAAUCUCCCCAUGAGCGCCCGCAUUUCCGAAGACCACCGCACAUCCGAUGGCAGCCAGCGCGAUAACUCCCUCGCCGAGCCCACCAUAGCUGCGUUUUCGCCGAAUCAACAAACGCAGAAGAAGAGGAAUCAGGCUUCCGUUCUCAUACAUCAGAAGAGUCCGCUCUUGGCUGCGACCCCUCCACAAGUGACGAGAGUGUUGGCAUAUUCACAUCCGUUCAUACUACCGCUCAGUCACCUCGCUGGCCUGCUAUCGUGGACGACGAGCGACCCGUGGGAGUCGUUCCUCGUGGUUGCCGGCUUCUGGUUCGUGGUUCUCUAUAGCGAUGACGUGCUACGAUAUGCUGGGCCCAUAGUUGUGCUCAUGGUACUCGUGGCGGGAUUGUACAGCAGGCGCUACUCCCCGCUAUCGAGUACGAUGUGGACGGGGCAUAAGAGGAAGCGUAGUAGAGCGGAAUCCGAGAGUGAGAAGAGGAAAAGCUUGGAUGAGAUCUUGGACACGCUCGAGAUCUUCACGCAUCGCUGUGAUGUGCUUUUGGAUCCUUUCCUGCGGCUGACAGAGUUCCUGAGCACACAGACCACAGCCACCAGCGCCAGUACGAGACCUGCAUUGACGAGUAUGUUCUUGAGAUUACUUGCUGUCACUCCUGUCUGGAUCAUUCUCACGCUUCCGCCAUGGAGGAUCAUUACGUUGCAAAGGGUACUGCUGGUCGUCGGAACGAUUGGGUUGAGCUGGCACAGUCGGCCUUCCCGAGCGUCAAGAAGCAUACUUUGGCGGAGCAGGAGUGUGAGAUGGGCUGCUUCUGUCAUUACUGGGUUGCGUUUCCCCGAACCCAGCUCGACUGAGAAGACACCUCCUCCUUUGCCACCCCGGGCUCCAGCCGCGCUCGCGAAGGCCUUGAAGCGCAAAGGAGCAGGUCCCGGUGUACGCUUCACCUUUGCCAUCUAUGAGAAUCAGCGGAGAUGGGUGAUGCUUGGCUACACAUCGAAUAUGUUGCCCCAUGAACGGCAACCCUGGUCGGACGAGCACCUGAACCAUGUGCCUGAGAAGGAUAGCUUUCCACUGCCAGAGACGGAUUUCGCCACGACACAGUGGAGAUGGGUCCCCGGAAGUGAAUGGAGGCUAGACCCUGACUGGAGCGAUGACAACGCGAAUGCGAACGGCAAGAAAUCCAGCGACAAAGACGGUUGGACAUACUAUGACAAUUCAUGGCAAGGAGGCAGCAAAACUGAUGACUGGGGCAAAUGGACACGGCGGAGACGAUGGAUUCGAGACGCCGAACUCGUGGAAAUCUCUGCGGAAGAGAUUGCUGCCCAACAAGCAGCGGCAGCGGCCAAUGGCGCAGUCGAAGCUGAUGCCCAGUCUAUCACGAAUAGCGAGUGGCAAGAUGGGGAUUCGGUCACGACAGCUGUCAAGAAAAAGGGUUGGUUUGGCAAGCGCCGCAUCACGAAUGACAAGGCUCGUGCAGCAGACAAGGCUGAAGUGGCCUCGAUGUCGGGGAGUGCUGAUACUGGCGGGACGAGUCGAAGUCGAGACGAUGCAGAGGACGAUGUGCAUACUCCUUAUCGAUACAAGGAGUCGCAGUGGCUGGACAGAAGCUUUGGGGACGGUCUCGCAGAGGGCUUGAGCUAGGGGUGCGACUUGGCGCUGGACUACACUACCUACCUCCGUACCUGAGAAGUUGGAACCAGUCUGACAUAGGAAGGAAGGGACUUGUGCACUUUUUUUUUGAAACAUAUAGCGAGGCGCUGGGGCUAUCUUGAUGCAAAUAAUUAUUCGUCUUACGCAAC